CUGGAGCAAUACUUUAAGAUUAUUUAUAAAUUAGUACCUCUUUCCAAAUGUUUGCCUUUUGUGUAUGAGAACAUUAGCAUCUUUUAUUUCCCUUUUUUGUGUGUUAGUACAUAGAGUAAAGCAGUUUCUCUAAUUGUAGUUAAUAAUUUUAAAAUCUUACUAUGAAUCUAUUUAAAUUUGAGUAGCUGUGUUCAAGUGAGAACUAAUUAAAGAAAUUUCUAAAGAAAUGCUUAAUUUUUCUUAUUGAACUUUUCUUAUUGAACAUAGAUACGUUAUUAACAGUUGUAAAUUUCUAAAUUUUCGUUUUUUUUAGAGGACUGUAAAGGAUUAAGAUGUUAUUCGCCAUAAAUGAUUUAAUUGCCUUUCACAUGUUCAUAUUCUUGGGUAGGGAUGUUACAAAUGAAAUUGGUUUCAGUCACCGUUGUUAGUAUAGUAGUAUCAAGAAAUAACCAUAGUAGUAAGUUAGAAUACCGUGACAUGGGACCAUUUACCAAGUAUCAUUUGAGAUUUUUUUUCUCUCUCACUUGUUUCUCAGCAGGAAAUAUUUAUAUUAAGAUUUCUAGCAUGAAUGAUUAACUCUUUAAUGCUCAUUUAAAUAGCAUGUAAUUGCUUAUUAUUAGUAUUUUGGGUUUUACUUAUCCUUUUUAAUUAAUGGAAUUACAGCAAGAUUAAUCAACAGAUAGGCCAUAAAUGAGAUAUUGAAAAUUUCUCUUUCAUGCAAAGAGGUGGUUGUGCAUAACAGCUCAGGAAAGAUGGCUCUUUGAUUCAGAGUCUUUGGGAUGAGAUUUUGCUCUUGAUUUUUAAAUGGUAUUAGUACCAGAGGGGCAGUAGCAUUGACCGAAGGACAAGUAAUAGUGUUACAUUACUAAAGAGGUUUUUUUUUUUCUUUUUAGUAUUUAAAAAAACCUAAAAUGGCAAUAAUGAAAGUAAUGUAUGCAGCAGUAGACAAUCUCUUAAGAUUUCACCUUUUACCUUAUGUAUAUCUUGAGGUCAUUGACCAUUUUCAAACUUCGGUUUUCAGUCUUUUUCCUAAGCAAGGAAACAACCUUAAAAUCCAACAACCACAGGCUUUUAACAGAGUUCUUCAUAGUAUGAUUUACUUUUUAGUCUUAUUUGAAAAUAUUUUGGUGUUUUGGAAUACUGAAGAUAAUUUUUCUAUUAUAGGUACUCUGCAGAGUAUUACUUUACAUUUAUAAGAAUUUGAGUAUUAGUAGCUAAAUCAUUGGGAACAGAUUAAUCAACCUGUGUUCUUCUGUUUAUAUUCAUGUGAGAGAACUGAGGUGAGAAGAUUAUGCUAAUCAUUGAAUUAAAGUAAGUAAAUGGACAAAUAUAGCCCUCUAGUGGUUCUGUUACAUGCUUACACUAUUAAUUUUGGUGUAUCUAAGCAUUUCUCUUGAUUGAAGUUCACUAUUAAGAAGAAUCAGAUUUUAAUGUUGUAGUGGUAUAAAAUACAAAAAAAGUAGUGAUACCUUGUCUUUUGUUUAACAGUACAUGUUCAUAUUAUAUUGCAACUUGUUUUUCAGAUUAUAACAUGAUAAUCCAGAAUAUUAGAAUUAACCUUUACAAAAUGAAUGAUUGAAUCCAAAUACUAUUGAUUACUCAUGUGCAUAUCAAAGUGGGUAAUUAAACAGAGGUAGAUGGUGGAGUAUAUCCAUGCUAUGAAUAUGUAUCUAUUAAUAAGUUUAUUACCUUGAACUUAUUAUAUGGCAUUUAUGGAAACAAAUUACAUAAUACUUAUAUAUGAUGUUUGUGUUCAUAUAUAUAUACACAAUGUUUAUAUAUUUAUAUGCAUAGAUCACAUUUUUGUUUAAAAGGGGAAAAAAGUGUGAGAAACCUCAGACUCUUUUAUAUAAACAUGUUUAUAUAAGCAAAGAAAAGCUUAAGAAUGAAUGCACACCAAACAAUAUUGAUAGCUAAAUUUAGGGGAGUGAGAUUUGGAAGUAUGGGGGAGAUUACUUUUUAUCUCUGAUUAUUUAAAUUGUUAAGGAAAACAGGGAACUGAAAUGGAAAAUCUCAAAGGGUCAACGAGAAAACAGGGUCCUUAAUCUGAGCAGUUACAGAGGACUAAAUCUGGCUUGUAGAUUUCAGACAAAAAAGUUAAGUCAGUUCCUGCACUGAUUUUCUGAGUUUAUUAUUGAAAAAGGAUGUGUGUGCUUGAUAAUCUGCUUAAAUAUAAGACUGAUGCCCAAAUUGGUUAAAAUGUGUGUACUUGGUAUUUCUUUGUUUUGCUAAUAAGCUUUUCCCUUGCUCUGGGAAUUAAAAUCCCUUCCUCUUUAGCCCUAUUAUACUUGUUAAGGAAAGACCUCUAUGAAAAGGUCCUUCUUUGAGGUCUCUCACUGGAAAUGAUUGGUCCUGAAAAAUCUUUCCUCCUGGGCCCUUGAAACAGUUCAUAAUUAUUGAAGGCUUAUUAUGAAGGCUGUCUCAAUAUCUUCCUUCCAAAAAUGCUAAAGAAUAAUUUAGAUAACAGUUCAGACUCAAAAAAUGAAGAUGGCUCUGUCUUUUCGCAGACUGAACACAACAUUGUUGCAACUUACUUGAUUCUGGCAGGUGUGAUAAGUAUUCUCAGCAACCUAAUAGUUCUGGGCAUCUUCAUUAAGUACAAGGAACUUCGGACACCUACGAAUGCAAUCAUUAUUAACCUGGCUUUUACUGAUAUAGGGGUCAGUAGUAUUGGCUAUCCCAUGUCUGCUGCUUCAGAUCUGUAUGGAAGUUGGAAAUUUGGAUAUACAGGCUGUCAGAUUUAUGCUGGAUUGAAUAUCUUUUUUGGAAUGGCAAGCAUCGGAUUGCUCACAGUGGUGGCCGUGGAUAGAUACCUGACCAUCUGUCGCCCGGAUGUGGGAAGAAGAAUGACUACCAACACUUAUGUCAGCAUGAUUCUGGGGGCCUGGAUCAAUGGCCUGUUUUGGGCUAUGAUGCCCAUCACAGGGUGGGCCAGUUAUGCCCCAGAUCCUACUGGGGCUACCUGUACCAUAAAUUGGAGGAAAAAUGAUACGUCUUUUGUGUCUUACACGAUGACAGUGAUUGCAGUAAAUUUUAUUGUGCCCUUGACAGUGAUGUUUUAUUGCUACUAUCACGUCACUCGAUCCAUUAAACACCAUGCUGCUAGUAACUGCACUGCAUACCUAAACAGAGACUGGUCAGACCAAGUAGAUGUAACAAAGAUGUCUGUGAUAAUGAUAUUGAUGUUUUUGGUGGCAUGGUCUCCUUAUUCCAUUGUGUGCUUAUGGGCUUCUUUUGGUGACCCAAAGAAGAUUCCUCCUUCAAUGGCCAUCAUAGCUCCACUGUUUGCAAAAUCUUCUACAUUCUACAACCCUUGUAUAUAUGUGGCUGCUAAUAAAAGAUUUCGGAGGGCGAUGUUUGCCAUGUUCAAAUGUCAGACUCACCAAGCAAUGCCUGUGACAAGCGUUUUACCAAUGGAUGUAUCUCAAAGCCCACGGGCUUCUGGAAGAAUCUGAAAUAAGAGAAAAUCACACUGGCGAAGCAUUUUAGUUGUGUGUGUGUGUUUUUUUACUACUUCAAUUUUAUUUUAAAUACAAGCCCAUUUGGAUCAACUGCAGACAUAGUAAUUGUCCUGUUAGACUGGCUCAUUGUUCUGUUUGUGCCUUGGCGAUUAUAGUGCAUAUGUCUCUAUUUCUUUAUACGUGAACUCAUUCCUCAGCUCCUUUGAUGCAUGUAGAUACAUGAGAUUAAAAUCCUGUUUCUUUUCUUUCUUCUUAUCAUGGCAUUCAUUACACCAGACUGAUGACUUACAACUUGCCUUAGUUCUCCAUUAACCACUUUUUUAAUAUUAUAAUAAAUUAAUAAUAAUAAUUUACAAUCCUCAAUAAAUUAUUACUAAAAUGAGUGGUUGGACUUUCAAAUCUAAAACAGAAACCGUUUUUAUCAUUUCAAAACUUAAAUACUUAGAAUCAAUUAUUGACAACAUUGUUUAACAAAAAUAAUCAAAUAAACAUUAAACUCAUAUUCAAAUCAUGUUGAUCAUUGCAAAUAUAUAGUUUAUCUAGCAAUGUGAUAUCUGUUCAUUUUGUUAUGUAUUUUGCAAUUUUUAAUUACCAUUUUCCUGCAUAUGUGUUUCCAUGUUUGCUGUUAGAAUUAAGUUCAAUCUGAGUGGGAGUUUUUGUAUAUUUGUUCUUUGAUAUAUUCUUAGCAUGUAGACCCAUUCUGUAGGCACUCAAUAAAUAUCUGUUGAAAUGCUGAA